UUUGCAGCAAGCUGGACUUUUUCAGAGUUGAUGAAACCGAACCGACUUUUCAAUUUUUUAUAGUUAGAGUCUCUAACUCAGAGAUUUAAAAAGUCCCACAGUGCUAUGUUGCAUUUUAAUUAGUGAUUUACAUUUACAUUAUUUUGAUAAUAGUAGUAGUUUAUUAUACUCCAUACAGACAGGGCUACUACUACCAGCAAUUCCAUCUUCAAUCUCUCUCUCUUCGCUCUGAUUGUCUGUCGGAGAAGGAAGUUACAAAUUGUACUUGUUAUUGUAUUAUCGAUACAUCGAUUAUGCAACUCCUGUCAAAGUUGUCAAAACUUCCGGUAGCCAAUUGUGGCCUCAUUAUUGGUACACAACCACAGAGUCGCAGUAUUGCUACAAAAAAAUGGUACUUCCUUCCCGAGGUUAUACCAAAGUCAAAAUCACGUUUCAUGAGGCCCCCGGAAACGACUCAAGCCUUGCAUCAUCGCUUCGUGUCCUCAUUCAAGACUCAACAAUUUGCAACGCCAAAGUCCAUCGCAAAAUUCCACGCUAUUGAUGAGCUAUCACCCAAAUCAUUUACAUUGAUUUACAAGUCAGGUUUCCAGUGGUAUUUAAUAAUCGGACAAAUAACUGUUCUCCUAGCCAUUGGAGCUCUUGUCGUUUUCAUCCCUUCUGCAUAUAUCCUAAACCAAGUUCCCCCUGAAUCAAAGAUCAAACAAAACCUGGAGACUAAAGCUCGACUAAUGGAAAGCGAGAAAAUUUCAAGAAAUGAACUACGAGUCUCAGUUGGACUUCAAGAACCAAGUGACCCUAAAAUUAUUGAAAAUGUUCCCAGUGUUGCCGAUGUCAUUUCCGACGAUUUUGACUAUAUCUGUGUGUUUCUGGCCUUACUUGUCCUAAUGAGCUUUAGUAUCUUUCGGCUAAUGACAAUGCUACCCGUGAGAAUUUACGUAGGGCAAAUGAAUCACUGUGUGGGAGUGUAUUACGGGAGCAUAAUACCUGGGAGAUUAGUCAAACAAGAUUUUGUCGCAGGAACAUUGAAGCCUCUUAAAAAAUCGUACGGAAGCCCUAAUACAUAUUUCAAGGAUGGUUCAGGGCGGACUUAUGUGCUAUUUGAACACUAUUUUCGAAGACCGGCAGACUUCAACUACCUCACCGGAUUCACAAAGGCAUUUGAUUUGGGAGAGGAUUCAGACGAACUUAGUCAAUUGAAAAAUGUUGGAUCGUUUGGCACUAACCCACCAAAGAAGUAAAAUAAGUGGAUGCUAAUGUUAGUCGAUUGAAAAUUUGUAUUGCAACAUGUAAAUAAAACGUGGAAUAGUAGUUCAAGCUAAAUAA